AUGAAAAGUAAGGAAUUAUGGACAUUUACAAUAGAGUAGCCUAAAGAUACAAAUUCUAGUAUUACGAAUUAAGUUUUUGCAUGUGCAUUUUUGAAAGGUAUAUAAAAUAGAAAAUAGUGAAGAUGGUGAUAUAUUUGUGGCAGCUGUAGGAAAUGCUUUAGUUUUAUUCGAUACUUACAAAUCUGAUAUGUUAUGUUAACCUUUGAGAGGAUAACAUAAAGAGACAAUCACUUGUUUGGCUACAUCAAAGGAUGGAACAAAAUUGGUAUCAGGAAGUCAAGAUAAAACAGUUGUAGUUUGGAUGUACAAUGGAAAUAAAAGUGAUCGAUUAUUGGAGCCAGAGAAAUGGUUUUCUCAUAGUGAUGCAAUACAAUGUGCAGCAAUUAGUCCAUUGUAGUAGCAGAUCUUUACCGGAUCAAAUUAAGAGUAUUCACUUUGGAUUCCAGGAAUGAGUAAUAUUGAGAGAUAGAAAUUUAAGGAAAAGAUUAUUUGUUGUGCCUGGAGUGCAGAUGGAUAGUAUGUGUCAUUUGGAACAAUAAACGGUAUAAUAAAUUGAUUUGAAAUUAGGAUUGAUUGUAAUUACAGAUAGACAAGCUUAAUAAUUAAAAGAGAUAUAGACUUAGAAAGGUGGACCAGCUUGGUGUAUGGAAUGGUCUCCUAUAAAUUCAGAUUAUUAAUAAUCUUAGCUUACUGUAGGAGUAUGGAUGAAUUCUUUAUAUUAAUUUGAUUCUAAUGGAUAAUAGAUAGGUGCUAGAAUAGAAUUGCCUUUUGAUCCAUUAUAUAUAAAUUAUUAACAUAAUGGUGAGUAUAUGGCCAUAUCAGGAAAUAAUAAUAAAGUUAAUUUGUAUACCAGAGAAGGAGGAUUCUUAUUUGAAGCUUGUUCAUAAUAAGAUUGGAUCUGGUGUACAAAGAUUAAACCAAAAUCUACAUUAAUUGGAUGUGGAACAAAUGAUGGAUAAGUCUUUAUUUAAGAAUUGAUUUCUGAUACUGUUAUUGGAUUAUAUAAUGAUAAAUUUAUAAGUCGAGAAUAAUUGACAGAUGCAAUUAUAGUAUCUAUGAUAUCAAAUCAAAAAGCUAGAAUUAAGUGCAAGGAGUUAGUUAAAAGAGUAGCUAUAUUUAAAGAGAAGGUAGCAAUUUUAUGUGGAAUAAAAGUGUUAAUUUAUACGUGUGUAAUUAAGGGUGAUGAUUAUAUGAAGUAUAAAUAAUUUAAGAAAUUUACAAAGAGAGUAGAUUGUGAUCAUUUCUAAUUGUCAUCAUCAAAUGUAUUAAUAGGAGCAGAUUAGAAAUUGAUAGCAUUUAAUUUUAAUGGAGAUAUGGAUAGAACCUGGUCAUUUGAGUCAUAAAUUACAUUUGUAUCAAUAUAAGGAGGACCUCCAAAAAGAGAAUUAGUAUUAGUUGGAUUGGAGAAUGGAGCAAUAUAUAAAUUAUUUAUAGAUAAUUCAUUUCCUAUUUAAAUACAUAAAGUGAAUACAUAAAUUAAAUAUUUGACAAUGUCAUAAACAAAAAGAAAAUUAGCAUUAAUAGAUGGAAAUUAAAAUUUAUAGGUUUUAGAUACUAUAACAAAGGAAGUAUUAUUUGGAGAGAUGAGUGUAGAAGGAGUAGCAUUUAAUGAAGAUUUUGAAGAUUUAAUGGCUUAUUCUGGUAAAGGAUUACUAUUUAUAAAAUGUAUAGCAUUUUAAGCAUUAAAUUAAAAGAUAAAUGGUAAUGUUAUAGGUUUUAAGGGAUGUAAAUUGUUUUUAUUUGAUGGUUAAAAUGCUUAAACAAUAGAUAUAUAGUAGACAGCAAAUAUGUAGAGAUAUUUAGAGAAAAAGGAUUUUUAGAAUGCAUUGAAAAUAGCAUGUUUAGGAGUGACAGAAUAAGAUAUAAGGGCAUUAGGAAUAGAAGCAUUGAUAGCAGGGGAAUUUGAUAUAGCAAGAAGAGUAUAAUAAAUAAUAAUAUAAAAUUAGUGUUUUUUAAGGAAUAAGGAUUAUAAGUAUUUAGAUUUGUUAUAGAAAUAUGAGAAGAGGAAUUUGGAUGCAUAAACAUUAAAUGAAUUAAAUGCAGAGACAUUAGCAUAUUAAGGAAAAUUUAUGGAUGCUGGUAAUUUAUUAAUAAAGGUUGGAUUGGCAGAUAAGGCAGUGUAGUUGUUUAAAGAAUUAAAACGUUGGGACGAAGCAAAAAGUAUAUAAUAGAGAUGAAUAAAUUAGAUUUUGCAAAGAAAGGAGAUGUAGCAUAUAGAGCAGUAACGUCGGGUGGUAGAACAGGUACUGGUGUAAGAGCACCUACAUCAUAAGGUAGAACCGGAACUAGUAGAGGAUAAGCAGUAAUGCCUUAACCUUAAGAUAUUGCAGCACCAAAGAUUGAAAUGAAUAUGUUAUUAAGAGAAGAAGCAGAAUGGAUGAAAGAAUCAGGAGAUUGGAAGGCUGCAGCAGAUUUAUUUGUAUAAUGUGGAGAAUUUAAAAAAGCAAUUGAUUUAUAUGGAAUGAAUAAAAAUAUUGAUGGAUUACUUAAUGUUUGUAGAAUAUUAGACAAAUAAGAAAAUACAGAUAAUAUUACAUUAUGUGCAAAUUAUUUCAAAAAACUUAAACAUCAUGGAGGUGCUAAAGAAGCUUACCUUAAAUUAAAUGAUUUAUAAAAUCUUAUGAUUUUACAUGUUGAAUUUGAAAAAUGGGAAGAAGCAUUUUAAAUCGGUCGUUCUAAUUAAUAAUUAUUGGAAAUUGUUAAAGUACCUUAUGCCAAUCAUUUAUUAAUAAGCGAUAGAUAUGAAGAUGCACUUAAGGCUUAUAAAAGCGCAGGAAGAUAUGACAUAUCUAUGAAAAUGACUAAAGAUAUGGCUAAAAAUUGUAUUGAAGAAUAACGAUAUCAUGAUGCUAGUUAAUAUCUAUGGAAUCUAGCUAUUGAUUGUCUUACAUAAAUAAAUGAUUAUUAGAAUCCUUCAGGAGAUGAUGUCAAUGCUAUUAAAUAAUAUUAAGAAUAUAGUGAUUUAGCUGAUGUCUAUUUUGCUUAUCAAAAAAUACAUAGUUUUAUUGGUGAACCAUUUUAACCUCUUUCAGGAGAAAACUAUUUUCUAUCAAUUAUGAAUGCUUCUAGAUUCAUCAUCUCUAAAUGGAAAAGUACCUAUUAAGGAAUCAAAAUGAGUUAUGUCUACUAUUCACUUGCAAAAUGUGCUACUCAACUUUAAUGUUAUAAAACAGCCCGUAUCUGUUAUGAAAAAUUACAUGUAUUUAUUUUAUAGCUAUAUUCUUUAGUCAUUCAAAAUUCCAGCUGAAUGGAGUGAAGAAAUUGAUCUAUAAUCCAUGUUAAUUAGAUCUAAACCUUAUACAGAUGAUGAAUAAAGAUUACCAUUUUGUGCUAGAUGUUAAACCUCUAAUCUUAUGAUAAAUGAAAAUCAAAAACUUGCAUAAUGCAAUGUUUGUCUUCAUCCACUGUUCUCAUCAUUUAUCACUUUUUCAAAUCUAUAAGUUGUUGAAUUUAAAAUGGAUAAUUCGCUUUCAAGAGAAGAUGUUCAAAAAUUACUAAAUUCUGAAAAAAACAUUUCGAAUAAACGAUAAGCGUAACUCUUUUAAGAAAAAAUGAAUGAAAUCAUUCAAUAAUAAUAAACCUCUUAAGAUCAAUAUUUAGCAGUAGAAUUAGAUGAACCCACUAUUCAAUCCCUAUCACCUGAAGAAGUCCUCAUUGUUGAUCUCAGAUAAUAUUGCAAAACUAUCCAUGUUAAAUAUUAUAGAAAUAUGGAACCCUCAUUACCUAUUCAUGUAUGUCCUGACUGUACAAGAUUCUUUUACAUUGAUGAACAUGAAUUUGAAUAUGUUCAAAAGAGAUCUUGUCCAUUUUGUAGAACAACUGAUAAAAAAUUACCCUAAAAGGAUAUUUUUGACCUUUGA